AUGCGAACAGCGGAAUCAGAACGUGAGAAUGAAGAUAUUCAGCCUCAAAGACGAAUUAUUGCAAAUAGUCAAGCACUAACCAUUUGUAAAGCAUAUGUGAAUGCAUACCUGGACAAAAGUCGUCGAGUACCAUAUCAAAAAAGUACCAGUACGAACGAUACCAUUAGAAGUGUUUUGACUAGCUAUGAAGCCGACUUAAUUUUUACACGAUUACUUGAAGUUUCAAAAUUAUUUGCACUUACAACAACUACUCCAAAAGAAACAACAUUAACUCCAAGUAAAACUACUAGCAAUACAGUUACGCAGGGAAUAACCACUGCUCAAGCAACAACUACGACAUCUGUUCCUCUCGCAUCCUUCAAAUGUGCUGUGUAUCCAGAUUUGUAUAUUCAACCGUGGCAUCCAACAAAUCAAGCUUCACCACCUAUUCGAAGUUGUUUGGGAACUUCAGGAAACUUCGAAUUAGUUAAAAACAAAUAUGUAAGAGUUACAGGUCGUACCAGCAGUUCAGUAAUUGAUGAGUUGACUCUCGUUCUUUUUGAUGAAACAUCAACGAAUGCAAUUUGUACUGUCGCAGCUGUAGGACAAGAUGCUGCUUGGGCGGAUUGUGAAGAGAAUGGAAUUUAUCCAUCGCUAAUAAAAACGGCAACACAUGAAACAUUAACCGUCUAUUAUGCUAAAGCAAAUUUUACAACAAUUGUAACACGUGAUGUAAGUAUAUUUGUACUCUAA